CUUGUGUGUUGGUAUUAUUUCAAUCCUUUUGUUGCACCGAGAUGACGCGUCCUUCUCCUUAGUACCGCCACCGUCACCAUCACCAAUACUGAAAUCGAAAUAGAGCGACAAGGAUAACAAUGGCGGCUUGCUUGACCUUCACGGUGUCGCAAGAUGGAAGCGGCGACUUCCAAACGGUGCAGGACGCCAUCGACGCCGUCCCUCUCAGCAACACUCGCCGGACCGUCAUUCGCGUGUCGCCGGGAAUCUACCUUCAGCCGCUUUAUGUCCCUAAGACAAAGAAUUUCAUCACUCUUGCUGGCCUCACUCCCGAGGAUACUCUUCUUACCUGGAACAACACUGCUUCCAAAAUCGAUCACCAUCAACCUGCUAGGGUGAUAGGGACAGGGACAUUUGGUUGUGGAACUGCAAUUGUAGAAGGGGAGGACUUCAUUGCUGAGAAUAUUACUUUUGAGAAUUCUUCCCCUCAGGGUUCAGGGCAAGCAGUGGCAAUUAGGGUAACAGCAGAUCGAUGCGCCUUCUACAAUUGCAGGUUCCUUGGAUGGCAGGUAGCUCCAUGUCUUGAUGCAUUUGUUUGUAUAGAUUGGUUGGUCUUAUCAUCGGUUCAUGCAUUCAUUGCAUUCAUGAAAUUGGUGCAGGACACACUGUACUUACACUAUGGAAAACAAUAUUUGAAAGAUUGCUAUAUUGAAGGUAGUGUCGACUUUAUCUUUGGCAAUAGCACUGCUCUCUUGGAACACUGUCAUAUUCACUGCAAGUCUGAAGGGUUCAUUACAGCACAGAGCCGAAAGUCUUCACAGGAAACAACUGGCUAUGUAUUCUUGAGAUGUGUUAUCACAGGUAAUGGAGAAAAAUCGUAUGCAUAUCUUGGACGGCCGUGGGGCCCUUUUGGAAGGGUGGUCUUUGCAUACACUUACAUGGAUCAUUGUAUAAAGCAUGUUGGUUGGGAUAACUGGGGAAAAGUUGAGAACGAGAGAAGUGCUUGCUUUUAUGAAUACAGGUGUUUUGGACCUGGUUGCAGUCAAUCGAGACGAGUAACAUGGUGUAGAGAAUUGUUGGAUGAAGAAGCAGAGCAGUUCCUCAUGCAUCCUUUCAUAGACCCGGAUCCCGAAAGGCCUUGGCUUGCUCAAAGAAUGGCCUUGAAGGUUCCAUAUACAGCAUAGAACAAUGCUCCAAACAGUUGUUGAUCAUGCAUAUUCCAUGCUCACUGGCUUGCAUGUUUAAAAAGAAAAAUGUGUCAAAUGCUUAAUUGGAAGUAAGUCAUUGUACUUUUAUUCCUAUAAGAGUUUGCUUAGGAGAUUAAUAUUUCCUUCAUCGGUGUGUAUAUUAUAUGGUCCAUAUCUUUGUUACUAUGUAUUAGUAUAUUGGUCACAUUGUUAAUCUAUAAAAAGCACAAGGAUUGUAAGUGAAUAAUUUUCAUAGUUUUGCA